UCCUCUAUUCUUUUUUUCUCUAUGGCGAAAUGAAAGCGUACACAAUUUACACAAAUGGAUCUGCCGAAGAAAUUGCUCAUCGAACGAGAAAAGGAUUUUGUCAAAAAAAAUAUCCUUCAAGUCAAACGUUCCUAUCCUGCAGAACCCAAACAGCGAUACGUCGAUACUCGUUAUGGAAAUGCACAUGAUUUAAAAAGGAGCGGAUUACUUCCAAUUUACGUGCACAAAAAAAAUUAUGGAAAAGUACCGAAAUUCGUUGUCGAUACGAUGAAAGCCGAUGAAGUAAUUACACAUCCUAAUUUCAAUGGAGAUAAGAUAUCAAAAAUACCUUUAUCGUGUCGAUAUAUUGAUAAAGAGGAACGGAGAAUAUUAUUAGAAGAUAUGAAGAAAAAAUGGGAAGAAGCGAUGAAACAAUUUCAAGGAUUACCAUUUCUUGCCGACACGCUACCAAAAGCGCAAAAGAAAGCGAAGAUGGAACGCGAAUUAAAACAACUCGAAAAAGACAUAGCAAUCAUCGAGCAACAUCCACAUAUAUAUGUUUAUGACAAUGAUUGUUAACACAAUGUGUUAUACAAUAUAUUAAUUAUAUAUUUAUAUCUUAUUUAUAUUAAAA